CUCUCUCCAUUUCCUUGUUCCCCCCAUCUCCUCCCCCACUACCCCUUCGAAUUCUCCGCCAUUUCCACUCCCAAUCCCUCCAAAAUCGCCUCCUCGGAGCUCUCCCAUCGAUCGCACGACGUUCUCCGCCGCAGAACGAGCUCAAGAUCGAACUGUUUCGCCCCCAAAUUGCUUCUCCCAGAAGCUGUCUUGGUAUCGUGGACUAUAACCUCCGAUUUCGGUGCUAUCAAGCUGUUUUUCUAGGGUUUUGGAUGAGAUUUUAGGGUGAAUGUUAGUGUGGGACUGAUCGUCGUCUUCUUCAGUUGGAUCCUGCACUUCUACUGAUCGGGAGACGUUAUUCGCUGCGGAACGAGCUCGAGAUCGGCCCGUUUCGACCCCAAAUCGCUUCUCCCGGAAUCUGUUUUGGAUCCGUACUCGCUUCGAUCGUGUUAUAUCUCUUCGUUGGAUCUGAGACUUUUGAGCGAAUUAACGUCUGAAUUUGUUUGGAAUUGAGGACUACAACUCCAAUUUUUGUGCUAUAUAACUGUGUUUGAAGGGCUUUUGAUGCGAUUUAGGGUGAAGCAUUAGAGUGGAGUUCGUCAUCGUCUCUUUAUUUGGAUCUCGCUUUUUUUCCUGGUCAGCGAAGGUUAUUUGCUGCACAGCAAGCUCAAUAUCGAUCCAUUUCGCCCCCUAAUGACUUUUCUCAGAAGCUUGUUUGGAUCUGAAUUCGACUUGAUCUUGUGUAUAUCUUUUGAAGUUCUCCCUAGUUUUGAUUUGUGAACAAUAUAGUCUCUGAAUCAGUUUGGAAUUGAGAACUAUAUCCUCUGAUUUUUGGCUAAAUUGGGCAAGUUUUAGGGUUUUGAAUGGGGUUUAGGGCGAAGUGUAAAGUGGGAGUCCUCGUUAUCUUCUUCGUUUGGAUCGCACUCACUGCCUUGUAUGGAUUGAUGAAACCGAUCCCAAAUGGGUGCAUAAUGACUUAUAUGUAUCCAACGUAUAUACCAAUCGCAACUCCGGCAAAUGUGUCGUCGGAUAAGUAUGGGUUGUUCUUGUACCAUGAAGGGUGGAAGCAGAUCGAUUUUGCUGAACAUAUCAAGAAGAUCAGUGGGGUUCCUGUUCUUUUUAUACCAGGAAAUGGGGGCAGCUACAAACAGGUCCGAUCGUUGGCUGCUGAAUCUUUUCGAGCAUACCAAGGAGGACCACUUGAAGCUACCUUUUAUCAGGAAGCAUCCAUUUACCCAAAUGAUUUGGCGGAUUUCACAAUUCCAGCUCAGUACAGCCGUGAGUUGGACUGGUUUGCCGUGGAUCUGGAGGGUGAGCAUUCUGCAAUGGAUGGUCAGAUACUUGAAGAGCACACGGAAUAUGUCGUGUAUGCCAUCCACCGGAUCUUAGAUCAGUACCAAGAAUCUCGCAAAGCCCAGUUAAAAGAUGGUGUUGAAACCUCUGUAAGCUUGCCUACCAGUGUAAUACUAGUUGGUCAUUCUAUGGGUGGAUUUGUGGCCAGAGCUGCUAUUGUCCAUCCACACUUGCGGAAGUCAGCAGUUGAAACCAUAAUAACUCUCUCUAGCCCGCACCAAUCUCCUCCUGUUGCACUGCAACCAUCUUUGGGUCAUUUUUUUUCCAAAGUGAACGGAGAAUGGAGACAGGGGUAUGAGAAGCAUAGCUCUCAAACAUCAAGUCCGAAGCUCUCAAAUGUCAUUGUUGUCUCUGUAUCAGGUGGCAUUCACGAUUAUCAGGUUCGGUCAAAGUUGGCUUCUUUAGAUGGCAUUGUGCCCUCCAGUCAUGGUUUUACGAUAGGCAGCUCUGGCAUGAAGAAUGUUUGGCUAUCAAUGGAACACCAAACUAUUCUCUGGUGUAACCAACUUGUUGUACAGAUGUCACACAGUAUACUUAGCAUGAUAGAUCCUACAACCGGGCAACCAUUUUCAAGCACACAGAAAAGGCUUUUUGUGUUUACAAGAAUGCUUCAAAGUGCAAUACCUCAGGCUCUUAGUUGGACGGGGCAUGCGGGACCAUCUUCGCCUUCAUCAAAUGUUCCCAUAGAGGAUAGGAAGGAUACCGCUGAAUCUCAAAAGCAGGGCUCUUUUUCUUGUCCAUCAUCUGUGCACUGGGCUGAUAAUGGCCCCGAGAAAGAUCUUUACAUUCAGUCAAACUCUGUUACUGUUCUAGCUAUGGAUGGUAGAAGGCGGUGGUUGGAUAUAAAGAAACUGGGCUCAAAUGGCAGAGGACACUUUGUAUUUGUAACAAAUCUUGCUCCAUGUUCUGGAGUAAGAAUUCACCUUUGGCCUGAGAAGAGUAAUUCAUCACUCGUAAAUGAAGCACCAGCCAGUAAAAGAAUUAUUGAGGUGACAUCAAAAAUGGUCCAGAUUCCUGCAGGACCUGCCCCAAGGCAGGUCGAACCAGGAAGUCAAACUGAACAACCACCACCAUCUGCCUUUCUUCUAUUGGGUCCAGAAGAAAUGAGUGGUUUUCGGUUCUUGACGAUAGCUGUUGCCCCUCGCCCGACUGUCUCAGGUCGGCCUCCCCCAGCAGCUUCUAUGGCAGUUGGACAAUUCUUCAAUCCAAAGGAAGGGGAGAGAGAAUUUUCUUUUGCUGUUCUUCUGCGCUCCAGCUAUGUUCCAGAGGAAAUCUUUUUAAAGGAGGAUCACCCACUUGCUUUGAAUUUGUCAUUCCCGAUUAGCCUGGGCCUUUUGCCUGUUGCUUUAUCACUAAAAACAGCAGGCUGUGGAAUAAAGACCUCUGGCGACGACGCAGAACAUAAUCGCCUUUGCAAACUAAGGUGUUUCCCACCUGUCGCGUUGGCAUGGGAUUCUGUGUCUGGUCUACAUGUUAUACCAAAUAUUUACUCUGAGACUAUAACUGUUGAUUCUUUGCCUGCAAUAUGGGACUUUAAUAACGGGCCUGAGAAAACCAUUGUGCUGCUGUUGGCAGAUCCCCAUUGCUCUUACAGACUUGGCAUUUCUGUUUCUUCUACGGCUGCAGCAAGCAGAUUCUUUCUUUUGUAUUCUCCUCAGAUAAUCGGUUUCAUGAUAGCUGCAAUGUUCUUUGCUCUAAUGCGGCAAGCUUAUGCAUGGGAGCUUGAUUCCUCUGUGCCGUCCAUUUUGUCAGCAUUAGAGUUCAAUUUAAGAAUUCCACAGCCAUUCCUGCUGCUUUAUUUCUUGCCGAUACUUCUGUCCCUUGCUUUUUCCAUCAUCACAGCACAGCAGUUUCCUUCUUUCGCAAGCUUUCUCUCUGUCUCCUUGGCCUGCUACCUGAUUGCAAAUGGAUGUCUGAUCCUAUUGAUAUUAAGUUCAAAGCUGAUUUUUUACACAGUUGCCAUUGUGCAUGUUUUCAUCAAAAGGCGCUGGCAAGCAUGCAAAGAAAGUCUUCACUCUGCAUUUCUUCUUCAGAUCCUUAAUGUUUCAUCAAUAUUAAACUCAUUGAAGAUUGUGCAGAUAAUUCGGGACAAGUCGGACGUCAUUGUAGCAUUUGUUACGAUACCACUUGUCUUCUUUGUCCAUCCAGCGCUCGGUCUGAGUGUAUUGCUUUUAUCUCAUGCUUUCCAUGCUCAUUCGGCUCUGUGCAGUUCUUUGGCGGCUUCAUUUCGCAGCUAUGCUCAGAAAAAGGACUUCUACAAGCCUAAAAUGGAGGAGAAUUCCACCUUGAAUUCCAAAGCAAAAACAAACAAUGGAUUACAGCCGCUCCUGCCUAUGGAUGAGAACUCUACGAGUAGCCCGACGUCCUCUAAAAGCUUUAGCGAUAGCCAGUUAGAGAUGUUCAAUUACCGGCACGGCAUUGCAAUCUUGCAUCUUCUCGCGACUCUCAUGUUUGUUCCAUCUCUUGUGGCAUGGUUACAGAGAAUCGGUAUGGGACAGAGCUUUCCCUGGUUCGUGGACUCUGUUCUCUGUGUCGGGGUUAUUCUCCACAGCCUUUUCGGAUCGAGGCCGAACAUCAGUCAUGCAUCAUUCGCAUUACCAGGCAGCGGUGGGCGCGAAGUCAGUCUGAGCCUUCUCUACCUCCUCGCAGGUUACUACACCUUCCUUGUUUCGAUGGCUUUGGCUCCCUACAAAGCAUUCUACGCAAUGGCGGCCAUCGGCACCAUUUGUUGCGUGUCCAGAACCAUCGAGAGGAGAAACCGGGAGAGAGGUGAUGUUGGUUCUAGUAAAGCCCGGAAACACUCUCAUAAGCACUGAAUCGGGCUUCUCAGAAAAGCUGCCUUCUUGCACAUGCCAUUCUUUCAUCGCCGCUGCCGGGUACACAGCUCUGCGCCCUUUUCUUAUGGGAACAGAGCAGAGUACGAGAGUUACGGCAGGAGAGGUGAGUUCCUGAGAUCAUCUUUUGCCGCGCGAGAAAUGCUCAGGUAUGGAGUGUUUGUUUCAUAGAUGUUUGCAUCCUUUCUACAAUUCAUAGAGUGGUGUAGAAGUAGAUAUGCGGCGAUUCGCAAGCGAGUUUUAGUGUUUGCAUUAUAUGCAUCUGAUCAUGGGACUCACCCUGCGAUCGCGAAAGAUGAACUAAAUUGGAUUGAAACAGUGGGUGCCAAAUGAGAUUCUUUCCUUGUCCCUCAGACGGUAAGACUUUUGUAUUUUGCUGGUCUGAUAUAGUGCAUGAACGCUUCUUUUCUUCAUUUAUCACUUUAUCUUUUGA